AUGGCUCUGGUGCGAGACCCAUUCUUCUGGAAGCGUUUCUCAACUGCAGUCCACUUGGACGAGGAGUCCAAAGCCGUCGAUCUGGAAUCGAAAGCACAAAAAGCACAAGACACACAAUCAUGGCUUGCUCGUCAACGCCGAAAGCGCAAGCGCUCCAUAAUCUGGGGCUUUGUGAUCUUCUUCAGCAUCGUGUUUGCCAUCAUCGCCGGCAUCGUGAUCUGGUGGCUUGCUAAGAACAACUGGCUCCAACCCGGACCGGAUGUGACUGAAUGA